AUGGAUCCUCGAUCAUCUGCGAGCCGCAGGACGUCGCUAGUGGACACCUUGACGGGUGCGCUGGCACGACGGGAAGCCAAAUCUGCACGUCGCAGGCUCACCGUGCUUCCCCGAUCGGCAGCGGAUUUCUCCUCGAACGACUUUCUCUCCCUUUCAACAUCAACAGCAUAUCGCGAGCGCUUUCUAGCUCACUUAAACAACACUCCGGCAUCUUUCCCUUUUGCUAGCGGAGGCUCUCGCUUGUUAGACGGCAACUCGGCCUGUGCAGAGGAGCUCGAGAAGUUCGUGGCCGUAUUUCACAAAGCUCCUACUGCACUGUUAUUCAAUUCCGGCUAUGACGCCAACGUUGGUGUGCUCUCCAGCAUUCCACAACCUGGCGACUUGAUUUUGUACGAUGAGCUCAUCCACGCCAGCGUUCACGAAGGCAUGCGACUGUCACGAGCGGGACGUCGAAUGCCGUUUGCACACAGCUCGCCAACCAGCCUGAGAGAUACUCUUCAAUCCCAGAUCAUGGCAGACAAGCAGAUCCGUGAGGGUACUCGCAACGUCUUCAUAGUCAUUGAAUCCAUCUACAGCAUGGAUGGGGAUGUAGCUCCGAUCAAGGAGUUUAUCACCGCAGUCGAUGAACUUUUGCCCAACGAAAACGGAUAUUUCAUAGUCGACGAAGCACAUGCGACCGGUGUCUUUGGGCCACGCGGAGCGGGUGUCGUACAAGAGCUCGGUGUCCAGGAUCGGAUGUUCAUCCGAGUGCACACAUUUGGCAAAGCUCUUGCAAGCCAUGGAGGUAUGAUUUUCGCUCGUUUGAGUUCGAUCCACGACGUCCUAACUAAGUAUCUCCUUGCAGCCAUGGUCCUCUGUGGACCGGAAACCAGAGAUUAUCUGGUCAAUUACGCGCGAAGCCUGAUAUACACCACCGCUUUGGGGUUUCCUUUUCUGGCAUCCAUCCGUGCCGCUUAUGAGCUUCUGUCCGAAGGCGAAACUAGCCAGGUAGGUUUGCCGCUUGCUUUCACGGAGUCGUAA